AUGAAUUUGCCUUUAUGCAAAACAAUUGGAUGUCGUUCCCAAGUCACCAAUUUUAUCAGACCAACUGGAGACAACGGUUGGGAGGAUAACAUGUUGGCCUGAUCAGAAUGUUCCGACAGAUAUUACAAAGAUAAUCGAGUCACUAGGAUCCCAACCCUUCAGGCUAUAUUAGAAGACUUUGAACUCUCCGAAUACGUUCUAGAACAAAUUGAUCGUUUCAGACAGUAUCAUAAUCCUGGAGGAAUGUGGGAAGCAUUCAUUCCUCACUUUAAGACAUUUAAAAGAGACCUAAAUUCACUCAAGGAAGACUAUGAAAAUGCCAAAAGAAAUGAAGACUUGCAGAAAUAUUGUAGUAUAUCUAUUGAGACCAAGGAACUCCUUAACAUGAUCUUUGAGUCCAACCUCUACAAACAAUUCAACAAGCAGAAGAUGUACAGAACCUUUGCAAAUAUGAAAGAUGGAGUUGAACAGGAGUGCUAUAUUUCAUUUUCUUGGGCUGAGAAGAAGCAACAAGAAAUCAGAGAAAUGAUUGAGAACUCAGAGUACAAGAAAAUCUACAAAGAACUCAUGGAAUGCCGGCAGACUAUAAGGACCCUAAAAAGUAAUAUUGAGAAACAAAAGGAAAUUAUUAAAUAAACAAAUUAAAGAUCUCAAAGAAUCUGACUGAAGAAUCGAGCUUCAGAAUGCUGAUCUUGAAAUUAUGCUAAAGAAAAUUGAGAAGCUAGAAAAUAGCAAAAAGGAGGAGAAUAAGGAACUUAAGCAAAUCAUUGAAGACCUUGAGGAGGCCAAUAAACAAAAUACAAACACUAUUGGAGACCAAAACAACUGCAUAAAAAUUUUAGAGGAGAAACUUGAAGAAUGUGAAAAUUCUCUAAGUUUGAAAGAUGAUGGAAUGGAGGGAGCCAUAGUUCCAUAUUGUUCAAGGGUCACUAUCAAGCAACGAAAUAGCAUGUGAUUAGCGGAGGAUUUUAAUACUGAUCCAGUUGAAGAAAGAAAAGAGAAUGAACGCACGAAACAAGACCUCACCUCUUCAAGUCAAACUUCCUUGAACCAAAAAGUCACUGACCUCUUGGAAGAUUGUGGAGUUUAUGAUGAAGGAGAGAAACAGAUACAGUUCGAUCAAAAGGCUAAGCUUACUCUUGAUCUCAAGAAUGCUAACCAUUUGGAGUUCGUAAACAAAAUUGACAUAAGAAUUCCAGAUUGAAGAAGUAUUAAUAUUGAAUCCAUCCCUGAGGGGGACAAAGCUGUAAAGACUUUCCUAAACCUUUAUUUCCCCAACAAGAUUGAAGAGUUUAGUUUCAACUGUAAUUCAGAAUCUAAUGAUUGCCUUUCUUUCUACAUGAAUGAACUGAAGAUAUUGAGUCCGAAGGUAGAUAAAAAAUUGUGGAUUUAUAACUUCGAGGUCAGCCAGCGCCAGAUGGCCACUCUCUUAUCUGCCAACAAGCACAAGAGAGAGUUCGGGUUUAAUUACUGCCAACUAGCCCUGUCCUCAGUCCCUGACUUCAGAGGGGCUCUCCAAGAGAGUGAACUAGAAGUAUUAGGACUGAGUGGCUGAGGAGGGAGUGAUCGUGGAGACUGGGAAAACAACCCGUCACAUUUCGAAAAUUUAGUCAAAGGCUUAGCUAAGGAAGAGGAGUUUAAGAGCAAUUUGACAGCAAUCUGGCUGCAUUACUGAGGAAUGGAGAAGAGUCAGGUAGAAGAGAUCCUGAAGAGAUAUGGGUUUGGAGAGGUGUUAAUUUAUGGAUGUUAUUAGAAGUAAAU